CCCAGCUCAUGCUGCAUUCUAAAAACUCUCAUUUCAUUUGCAUAUAACAUUCAUUACAGGAAGUAAUUAACUGAAGGAACAGCAUCAUCAAAGGCUCAAGGAGAAUAGAAACCGCCAUCAUGAUUAUCUACUGGGACCUCAUCAACGACGAUGAGAUGUUCUCCGACAGCUACAAGAUCCGGGAGAUCACAGACGGGCUGUGCCUGGAGGUGGAGGGGAAGAUAGUCAGUAGGACAGAAGGUUACAUUUUUGACUUGCUCAUUGGUGGAAAUGCCUCCGCUGAAGGCCCUGGGGGCAAAGGUACUGAAAGCACAGUAAUCACUGGUGUCAAUAUUGUCAUGAAUCAUCACCCGCCAGAAACAAGCUUCACAAAAGAAGCCUACAGUAAGUGCAUCAAAGAUUACAUGAAAUCAAUCAAAGGCAAACUGGAAGAACAAAGACCAAAAAGAGUAAAACCCUUUAUGACAGGGGCUGCAGAACAAAUCAAGCACAUCCUUGCUAAUUUCAAAAACUACGAGAAAACAUGAAUCCAGAUGGUUGCUCUGCGGACUACCAUGAGGAUGGUGUGACUCAAUAUAUGAUUUUCUUUAAGGAUGGCUUAGAAAUUGAAAAAUGUUAACAAAUUUGGCAAUUACUUUGGAUCUAUCACCUGUCAUCAUAACUGGCUUCUGCUUGUCAUCCACACAACACCAGGACUUAA